AUGACGGAUACUCCCAGCACUCCGUCGACACCUCAAAAUAUCAGAAGACCAAAAGAGUUACCUCUCGAUAGUGAUGUUGAAGAUCCACUACUAACGCCAUUGGAGCUGCCGUCUGCAAGGGGUGGAUUAUUGGACUUUCCGAGUGAAGAGUUCGCAGAUCUCACUCCAGCACAGCUCUAUGAAAUGAACCAACAACUUCUCAAUGAUAGUGUCCCGACUCGUCCUCUCAUUGAUAGCAUCUCGCCGAUGGCUGCCUUGAGGUCAGAGUAUGAAAAUGGAUCCCUUUCAUUCGUGAAACAAAUUGAUUGGCUUAGCGACCACGGCUUUGAUCGUGUUCGGAGAACCAAAGCACUUGGCUUUGCCUAUAUAGAAAGCCUUAUCACUAGCUCGGAGCGAGAAUUUUCCGUUGCUAGUAGCCUUUCAAUUCUCUCAGGAACAAGGGAAACACUGGACAGCGCUGGUAUUGAGAAGCUCGUGUAUGAAGAUUUUUACGACGAUUUCACGUCAUUGAUUGAAAGCAUCAUCAAGCCGAACUCAGAUGGCCUAACUCUUGAUAGCGAUGGCCUCUUGAAGUCGUUCCAGACACCUGAAGUUUCAAACUCUGUUGUCAUUUACUUAAGAUUUUUGACUUCUGCCCAAAUUCGUCUGAACCGCGAAGACUAUGAAGGGUUUUUAGUACAUCCAGAUACCAAGGAUUUAAUGGACGUGGAUUCUUUUUGCGCCAAUGUCGUCCAAGCCAUGGGUAAAGAAGCAGACAAUGUGGAGAUACAAGCCCUAUGCAGGGCCUUGCAGCUAAAUGUAGACCUUGCAUAUCUGAACGGCGUCAGGGAGGACGGGGUAGACUUCAUCAAAUUUCGUUAUGACUCAAGCCAGGACGCGCCUCCUCUCGUAUUGCUGUAUCGUCCUGGGCAUUACGACAUUCUUGUCAAGAAAACGGACCAAUAG